AUGGCAAAUUAUUUAUCUCACAAUUCUACUUUCGUUGGAUUAAACAAUUCGGAAAAUACCCCAGAUUUUAACCACAGUGAGUCAAUCUAUGAUGGAGAUAACUAUGAUUACUAUUCAGAGUUUUACGCUUACACGUACGAAAUCACAGGAAAGUGGGAAAUUCCAUUACGAGGUUAUGUAAAAUGUAUCUUAGCCUUCAUUACCAUAGUAACUAACACUUUGUUAGUAUCUGUUUUCAUCUUUAGAAGUACGCGGUCUCCUACAACCAUUGUUUUGACAUCACUCGCAAUUUCAGACUCAGUCAUAUGUUUCACUGAACUGCCAGAAGCAAUUUAUUUCAAUAUUGCAGAAAACUAUAAGAAUCUUUAUGUGACUUACCAAUGGUGCAAAGUAAAUCACGUGCUCUACAUUAUUUACCAGAUAUGCAGAAUGACGUCAAAUUGGUUUACCGCUGUCCUAGGAAUACAACGAUUGCUUGCUGUAGCGCUGCCAUUCAAAUACAGCAAACUAUGUAGCAAUACGGCAACUUUUGUAGAAAUUGCUGUCAUAACUCUUGUUGCGUUCCUGUUGAAUCUGUACGAAGCCUUCGGAAUUUACAUUGAAGAGAUUCCAAUUUAUACCAGUUUUUAUUUGAACGAGUCUCUGCCUUCCGGUUGUAUAAAAGAAAUUUCUCUUGGUUUGAUCAACACUGUUGGUGAUGCCACCAAAUCAUCAAUGAUAUUUUACAUUUUUUCUGGACUACUUUAUCGUGUACUUCCGGUUGCCAUCCUCAUUUUCACCACCGUGACAUUGGCCUACUUUUUAUUUAAACGAGUGAAUAAUGUAAAAUGCUGUUACUCAAAGAAAAAAAAAGUAACACAAAGGACAACCGUGUUGAUUUUUCUUAUAUUAGCGGUAUUUGUAGUUGCUGAGAUACAAGAUGGCAUUGCCUACUUUAUCUACGCAGCUGAGCUUGCUCGUAAUGCUAAAAGAUCAUUUUUAUCUAAAGAAGCUGACAUUGCAUGGGACACAAUUUCCACACUUUUGUCCUUAAUGAGCUACGCAUGCAAUUUCUGGAUAUUUUUCUUGAUGAGUCGGCAGUUUCGUUCGGCACUACAGAAUAUAUUUAAGUCUAGAGUGCUGGGAGCUCAAGUCUACUUUAAUCUGGAAGCUUCUAAGAAGGAAAGUACUUGUAGUGGUCAUGCCCCAAACAUAAGCAAUUCUGUUACAAGUACCCUCGUUUAA